AAGAAGGGAGAAAUGCCCAGAAAAAAUCCCCUCAGCCAUGAAAAAUCCUCCCAUCAAUUCACACUCAGAAGAUCUCCCAGAUUCCUUGCUGCCCAAAUCAAGAACGGCGAAGAACCCAACUCAAAGAAGAACCAGGUACGCUCUUCACAGAUCUCUUCUAUCGAAAAUCCCCAUUCAACAGGAGAAAUUUCUCCAAAGAAAUCCAAUAACAGAAGACAGUCUCUCAGAUUAAUAAAUUCCACAAACGGGUUAAGAAAAUCCUCAGCAUCGGUCGACAGCGCUCCAUCUGACCCAAAAGAGAAAACCCAGUUCCAGAACUGCGAUUUUUCGGAGAAACAGGUCUUUUCGGAGGUGAAUAGAGAGGGGGGUUGUCGAAUCAAUCGAAGAAGAUCGUGUAGGUUGAUGGGUUUUCAAAUGGGUGUUGAAGAUUUAAGUGGUUCUUCAGAGGAGCGGGUUUUUCCGAAGGUGGCGCGGAAGGAGUAUGGCCGAAAAGAGCGUAGGCGUUCGCUUAGAUCGAUGUGUUUUGAAAAGGGUGGAGAACAUUUACACAAUUCUUCAGAGAAACGGAUUUCUUCAGAUGUGACCCAGAAAGGGGAUGAUCGAAGUGGGCGGAGAAGAUCAUGUAGAUUGAUGGGUAUCGAAAAGGGUUUAGAGAAUGUGAGUGGUUCUUUGGAGAAACGGGUUUCUUCAGAGGUGACCCAGAAAGGGGAUGGGCAUAAGGAAUGGAGGCGUUCAGUUAGAUUGAUGGAAUUUGAAAAGGGAUUAAAAACUUUAGGUGAUUUUCCGAAGAAAGGGAUUCAUUCGGAGGUAAACCAGAAAGGGGUGAGUUUUAAGGAGCGGAGGUGUUCUCUUAGAUUGAUGGGUUUUUCAGAGAGUGUAGAGAAUGAUUUUUCAAAUAAACAGCAGAGUUCACUUGGAUUGAUGGAUUCUGCAGGGAGUGUAGAAAGUUUACGUGAUUUUUCAGAGAAAUGUGUCUCCUCAGGGGCAACCCAGAAAAGGGAUUCUCACAAAGGGAGGUGGAGAUCGCUUAGAAUGAUGCUUUCUUCAAAGGGUGUAGAAAAAUCAGAGGUGGGAAUUGAUGGGCAUGAGGAAUUGGAGAGAAAGACAGAUAAGGAAGUGAGGACAGGUAAUUCCGUAACUUCUGUGACUGUGGUGGGGCCGCCAAUGGAAGGAGGAGAGAAGAAGAGGAGAAAAGUAGAGAGUGGAAGUAACAACAUUGGGGUUAUCGAAAGGAGAAAUGAGGAAGAAUCUGUUUUCCAAGGGUGGACGAAAGAUCAAGAAGUGGCAUUGCAGAGAGCUUACUUUGUGGCAAAGCCAUCACCUCAUUUUUGGAAGAAGGUCUCGAAACUGGUCCCAGGAAAGUCUGCACAAGAAUGCUUCGACCGAGUGCAUGCCAACCUUUUAACUCCUCAACUUCAACCUCGUUCUAGGACAUACAGAUCGAAUUCAUCUCCCCUGCGCCAUUGCACACUAUCCAGUAGCAAACUGCUUGAGAAUAUAAAUCCAGAUGUUAAAAGGCCAAGGAAGAGCAAACAGAAAAGUCUACUUGCACAAAAAACAGUGAGAAACAUGCUGAGGAAGCAUCAUAUAAUGGACCAAGGCUAUGAAGCGGAUCUAUUUUCAGUCCUGGAAACUACCACGAAUAUAUCCACUCAAGAUCUUUUACAGGCCAAAAUGCCCUCAACACCAGAUUGCGUAUUGAAGCCUCUUGGGUUUCUCCAAAAGUGCCAGGAGCGGUUGCCAUCGGCUCAUAAAAAGACCCUCUCAAAGUUCUCGACCGCAAGUCGGGCAGAUCUUGUGAGUCCCCCGGUUCUGAAGCGGGUAAAGAACAUGGCCUUGCAUGAGAAGUACAUUGACCAGCUUCAUAGUAGAGAGGCAAGGCGAAAGAGGACAGCAUCUGCUCCGAUUACAGAUAACACAAAGGGGAGCAGAACAGAUGUGAAAGCUGCAAGGACUGCUCUUGUUUCUGAUGCAGUAGAUGUUAUCAGGCAAUUUCAAGGCAUGCAAAGUAUUGAUAUAGGUGACUAUCAAUAUUUUGAAGAUGAUGACGAUGGUGGAGAUGAUGACUGUGAAGAUGGUCCUUAAGUAUGCCAACUUGGUACUUUGUAUCGUAUCUGAAGUCUCAUCAGGUUGGAUGCAUUUUUGUAGUGACUAGAAAAGAAGAUUCUGUUGUGGUAGGUUUCUCCAUUAACCCAUUUCCUGGAAACGUCAUGUUAGAUUCAUAAUUUGUUGAAUUUCUCCAAUCCUAGUACUCUUCUCUGUAUAUGCUA